AUGGUUUCUCUAUUUUCCUUAAGAAUUAGACUUAAUUUGGUACUAGUACUUAUAAGUUGUAUGGUUGUUGAAUAUUGUGCUAGUGAUCUUAAUCAAGAUUUUGAUAUUACAUGGGGAAAUGGAAGGGGAAAAAUAUUAAAUAAUGGGGAAAUUCUUACUCUUACACUUGAUAAUACUUCAGGUUCUGGAUUUGUAUCAAAGAGGGAAUACUUGUUUGGGAAAAUUGAUAUGCAAAUCAAAUUAGUCCAAGGGAAUUCUGCUGGCACUGUCACUGCUUACUAUUUGUCAUCAGAAGGAUCAAAUCAUGAUGAGAUUGAUUUUGAGUUUCUUGGUAAUUUAAGUGGAGAGCCAUACACACUUCAUACAAAUGUGUAUACACAAGGCAAAGGUGAAAGAGAGCAACAAUUUCAUUUGUGGUUUGAUCCUACUAAUGAUUUUCAUACUUAUUCUAUCCUUUGGAAUCCACACACUAUUGUUUUCUCAGUGGAGAAUGUACCAAUAAGGGAAUUCAAGAACUUGGAAGGCAUAGGAGUUGCAUUUCCAAAAUCUCAAGCAAUGAAACUGUACUCAAGUUUAUGGAAUGCUGAUGAAUGGGCCACAAUGGGUGGGCUUAUCAAGACUGAUUGGGCCCAAGCCCCAUUCACUGCCUCUUACAGAAAUUUCAAUGCCAAUAUUUGCAAAAAUAAUAAUAAUUCAUCUUGCAAAUUUUUAGUAGAAAAUUUGGAUCCUGUGAAUGAAGAAAGAUUAAGAAGGGUGCAACAAAAAUAUAUGAUAUAUAAUUAUUGUACUGAUAAUAAGAGAUUUCCUCAAGGUUUUCCUACAGAGUGUAGUGCCACUUAAUUAAUUAAUUAAUUAAUAUAGGUAGAAAAUAAAGUUGGUUUAAUAUUCCUUAAUUUUAUGUUGUGGCUUAAGUGGUAAGGGAGGGUGUUGUAAUAUUUCUAUAUUAGGUGUUUAAUAUUGAAGGUUAAAAGUAUUAUGUAC